ACUGAGAUAGAGUUCAUUUUCCCUUAGCAGCUCUCACAGUGCUGUGCUUUGCAGUGGGAGCUGGAAAGGUGUUGAUAACACACCAGUGCUUUGGCUUCUGCUGAGCAAACCUGUCCCUCUAACAUCUCCCCCCACCAAGGGGCUGGGAGUGGGCAAGAUUCUGGGAGGGGACACAGCCAGGCCAGCUGAUUCAAAUUAACCAAAGGGAUAUUCCAUACUGUGUGAUGUCAGCUCAGAUAUAAAAGCUAAGGGAGGGAGGAGGAACAGGGAGGCAUUUGUUACUCUACAGUGUUUGCCUUCUGGAGCAGCCACUGCAUGUGCUGAAGCCCUGCUUCCCAGGGAGUGCCUGAACAUCGCUUGCUGAUGGGAAGUAGAGAUUGGGUUUUUCCUUUUGCAAACUUGCAAUUGUCUUUUCUAUGCUUUAGUAAACUGCCUUAUCUCAACCUACGAGUUGUUUUCCAUCUUAUUUUCUCCUGUGUUCUGCUGGGAAGAGGAGCAAUAGAGCGGCUCAGUGGGCACCUGGCCAAAGUCAACACACUACAGUCCUUUCUGGUGCCCAGACGUGGGGUGAGAUAAAGGCAGUUAUAUAUAACUAUAUAUCUAUAUCUAUAUUGCAUGCUGUAAUAAAAAGUAAAUCACAGUUAUAGAGUAGCAAGCUCUUGUGCAGGAUACGGAGUGUGUCAGCUGCACUGCUUAUCUCUUUAUUUUGCUGAGUCUGGGAACAUGUUAACAAAAACAAUGGCUCUGUGCUUUGCUCUUACACUGAUGGCCUUGUUGUGUGUGGGGAGCUAUCUUCUGGGGAUGGUAAUUGACGUGAAUGCUUUUAUAAUGCAGGCUCCUGUGCUCUUUGCUCAUCCUUACGUAAGCCGUUUAAUACUCUUAAUAAUUUUAGCUAAUACUGCUGGCAUGCUAUGGAGUUCAUGGAAUCUGGCAUCAUCCUGGGGGAGGAGAAAACAAACUUUAGAUGAGGAAAUAUUGAAAGAUGCCCUGAGGCCUCCAGUGCCUGGGUGGCAAGGUGCAUGGAAGGAUUUAGGCAGGUUCCUAGGGCGGUUAUCACCUCCCAUUGCCUGGGACUUUACACCUGAACAGGUAAUCAACCCUGACAAACUGACCCACCAGCUGAUGGAAGGGUGCCUUGCCCACCCCACUGAACACCAGCAGCUUCUUGCCCUGUACUGGGGCCUGGCCUGUGCCUACCGAGCCACUGUUCAGUACUCUCAGAGGACUGUAGUUGAGGCAGGAACCCAAACUGCAUUUGAGGACACUAUGCCUGAGUCAGGCACUCAAACCACAGCAGCUACAGUAAUAGCCCCAGAAGUGAAAGCAAAAAAAUGGACAAGGCAAGAUACACACCCUUACCAUCGAUUAGUAAGGGAGGAAGAAGAAGAGGAAAAAGAAGAAGGGGAAGUAACAGCAGGAAAGGAGGGGUUAGACCAAGAGGCAGGUCCUUCAACAAAGAAAUCAAAAGGAGUGAGGCAAAUCAAGCAGGAAACCGAAGUUACUCGGUCCCUGACCUCAUCAGAACUUCGAGACCUGCGAAAAGAUUACAGCCGGCAGCCAGGUGAGCCUAUUUCUGCCUGGCUGCUUCGAUGCUGGGAUAACGGGGCCAGCAGACAGCAGCUGGAAGGGCAUGAAGCCCAACAGCUGGGAUCCCUUGCUAAAGAUCGGGAAAUUGAAAGAGGGAUUGGAAAAGAAGGAGCAAUUUGCAGCCUCUGGAGACGGCUCCUCUCAAGUGUGAGGGCAAGAUACCCAUUUAAGGAAGACCUUGUGAACUCCCCAGGGAAGUGGACCACUGCAGACGAAGGUAUCCAGUACUUGAGAGAAUUAGCAGUGCUGGAAAUCAUCUAUAGUGAUCUAAAAAGUGACAGGGUCCUUGAAGAUCCAGAGGAUGCCCCUUGCACGAUGGCCAUGUGGAGGAAGGUGGUUCAAAGCGCCCCUGCAUCAUAUUCCAGCAGCCUGGUAUCACUGUACCACCCACAAAUGGAUACACCAACCGUAGAGAUGGCAUCCUCCUGGCUCCGGAAUGUAGAAGAGACUCUGGGCACUUCCUCAUCCCUACAAGCCAGCAGCCCAGCUUUUAGGGGCAGCCCAAGAGAUCGGUCCUCUCCUUCCCCGGUCAGAGGCAAGGGCAGCCCCAAGCGCAGGCCCCGGGGCGAGCUCUGGUUCUUCCUGCGGGACCAAGGUGAGGACAUGAGGAAGUGGGUCGGUGAGCCCACCUUCAAGCUGGAAGCCCGUGUCCGUGAACUGAGAGGGAAGAAAGCUGUUAAAGGGUCACCCAAGAAAACUGCCACAGAGAGACAAGAAGGCAAUCAACGAUUUCCCAGACAUAAAAGAGCUAAAAUCACUCCUUUUCACCCUGAUGAGGGGACUUCUGAUAUGGCAUCGCAAAGGUCAGAUAGUGAAUACUCUGACCAGGAACAGGAAUAGAGGGUCCCUGCCUCUGGCCAGGAAGAGGAAAGGGAUGACCAGGCAUACUGGACUGUGUGGGUCUGAUGGCCUGGCACAUCAGAUCCACAGAAGUGCAAAGCUUUACACAUUGUACAUUGAUGCCAUCAAUGCACAGGAGUGCAGAAUCCAUCUGGAUCUUUGGGGUGACAUGGGAUGCCAGGAGUUUUCUGUGUUAGAGGCCAAGGGGAGCUUAACAGGGAACAAGUGGGAAAAGCACCCCACUGUGACUAACUCAGAAGGCCCUUUGUAUUCUUGGCAUGGACUAGAUACUUCAAGGAUCCAAAAGGGUAUUGGUGGGCUUUUAGUGUAGCUACAGUGAAUACAGAGAAGAUCAAACAGUAAUCCACCCUGCCUGGCUUUUCAUUGUAGAAUUGCUGCAGGUUGAAUGAAAACCAGCAAGUACCAAUUGCCACCAGGACUGUGCACCAGCAGCAGUAUCUCACCAACAAAGACUAACCUCCAUCCAUGAACCCUCCAUCCAUUAGUCCUUGGAAAGCCCAGGAGUCAUCAGCAGGACCUGUUCACCCUUUAACAGCCAGAUAUGGCCACUGUGAAAAUCUGAUGGGGAAUGGAGGCUGACAGUGGGGGCAUGAAUGAAGUUGCACCACCUGUGAGUGCUGCUGUACCAGACAUGCUGGAAAUUCAAUAAGAGCUGGAGUCAAAGGCAGCCAAGUGGUGCCACACAGGUUAUACACAAAUGUGAAAUGUGCUGCAAUCAAGUGAGCCACACAAGUGGAAGAGAGGGCAGUGGCUGGGUUCCAGUAUGGUGAGCCCUGGCAAAUGGACUGUAUUGGGCCAUUUCCAUGAACACAUCAAGGCAAGAGUUACAUCCUUACCAUGUUAUAAACAACAACUGGCAGGCUGGAAACAUCCCCUGUAAAACAUUGCCACUGCUUGAGAGAACUUGAGAUCCCAGGUCUUAAGGGAGAGAUUUUGUGGCAACAUGGUACUACAGAGAGAAUUGAAUCAGACAAUGGGGCUCGCUUUAAAAAUAACCUCAUAAACUCUUGGGCAAAUAAACAUGGCAUUGAGUGGAUAUAUCACAUCCCUUAUUUCCCACAGGCCUCCAGGAAGACUGAAAGGUAUAGGGAACUGCUGGAAACUAUGAAAAGAGUGUAAGGUAAUGGGCAUGGAAGAACUGGGUUGCAAAUUUAGCAGAAGCCACUUGGCUGGUCAACACCAGGGGAUCUGGUAACCGCCCUGGUCCUGCUAAACCCAUACACAUUCUGGGAAGAGAUAAGGUCCUUGCACACAUAGGGAAGUGGGGAAGUCAGUGUGGAUUUCUCCUCCCGUGGGAAAAGGCAAGCCCAUUCAUGGGAUUGUCUUUGCCCAAGGACCUGGGUGUACUUGGUUGGUGAUGAAGAAAGAUGGGGACACCCAGUGUGUACCUCAAGGAGAUUUAACCUUGGGAGAAAAAUAAUCUGUUUAGUGAGUUGUAUAUUGCAGGGAGCAGCAGAAAUUGCAUGAACUGAUGAAGAAUCAAUUUUGUGAGAAGCAAGGAGAAUGCAACGACAACCUGAGCCAGGCUGGUGUCAGUGCCUAACAAUCAAGUGUGCUACUUCUCCUGUCCUGACCACUCAUCCUGAUGGAAGGGAGCCCAAGUCAUGGAUCUGGAGGGAUGGAGGAAGCCUAUUAAAUGGGGAAAUAAUAUCUGUUUUUGAAAGGACACCGGAUAGUGGUUAAUGAAAAUGUAUGUAUGGUAUAGAGAUGGUUUAAGGAUGUUGUUUCAGUUGUAGGUGUGGGCAAGAAGGCAUUCCAUUGAUGAGAAAUAAAUACAAUGGAACACUUGGAAGAUAUAUAAAUUAUGUGGGAUCUGAGUAGGACACAGAUGGUAUGGAAUAAGGGGUGGACGGUGUAUGGAAUAAGGGAUCUGACUGAGAUAGAGUUCUUUUUCCCUUAGCAGCUCUCACAGUGCUGUGCUUUGCACAGUGGCUGCUGGAAAGGUGUGGA